CUCAAAAUCACGCUCUCGACUGCGCAUAACAGAAUCCCAUCGCUCACAACAAACUCUCUCCCUCUCGAUUUCCGCUCCCUCUCUCUACACAGAUUCACCAAAGAACCGCCAUGGAAGCUCUAUUGAAGCUUUCCGUCCUCCUCCUGCUCUCUCUUUCCUCCAUCCUCUCCGCUCCGAUCGCCACCGCCGCCGCCGUCAUCGGCGUCACGUACACCUCUCCUCUCACCUCGCCGCCACCGACCUCAACCGGCGGCAACUCCUCGCUGCCGACUCCACCUCCGCCACAGCGCGCGCGACCGGAGGCCAUCGCCGCCGUCGUCUGCGAUCUCCGAUUCGGCGCCGUCCGCCUCCCGCAGCCGGAUCCCAAUCUCAUCAGAGCAUUCACCUUCACCAACACCUCCCUGCUCCUCUCAAUUCCGAACGCGCUCCUCGCUCCCCUGGCCUCCAAUCGCACUCUGGCGGUCCACUGGCUGCACGUCCACGUCCUCCCUUUCUAUCCGCGCUCCAAGAUCGCCGCCAUCUCCGUCGGCGAGGACGCCGUCGCCGCCUCCGAGCUCCCGUUCCUGCUGCCUGCCAUCCGCAACGUCCACCUCGCGCUCAGGGACAUCGGAAUCAGGUCGAUCUCCGUCUCCACGACGUUUUCCUUCAUCAACAUCGUCACGACGGCGUUCCCUCCAUCGGCGGCGACUUUCAAGGAGCCGAUCGGCGAGGCGGUGAUCAAGCCGCUGCUCCAGUUCCUGGAAGACACCAACUCUUCCUUCUUGGUGAAUCUCUAUCCGUACAACAUGUACCGGCUCCACUUCCAGAUCCCGCUCGGUUUGGCUCUGUUUCAGGAAGGAAGUUUCAAUUUCCGCGACGACUUCGCGACUGGAGUCCGGUACCGCAAUCUGUUCGAUAUGAUGGUGGAUUCCGUCGUCGCUUCCUUGGCGGUCGCCGGCCACGAGAGCAUCCCCUUGGUCGUCGUCGAGACUGGCUGGCCGAGCUCUGCCGCAGACGGCAACGCCGAGUCCGACGCUAAUCCGGCGUACGCGGAGCUGUACCUGAAGUCGUUGGUCGCGCACUUGAACUCCGGCAAGGGAACGCCGCUGAGGAAGGAAGGGGUGGCGCAGGCCUACAUCUACGAGCUGGUUGAAGAAGCCGAUCCGAAGCAGCAGCUGCAGCAGCAGGGGGCGCACAAUUGGGGUAUUCUGUACCCUAACAUGAGCAAGAAGUACCACUUUGACCUGUCCUCUGCCUCUAAGAACGGUACCAUUGCUUCAGGGAGAUUGCUUCUUCUAUUCUCCAUUGCGCUCUCCUAUUUGUUGUUCCUGUAGAUCUAGCAAUGGCGUCUGAACUACCCUAAAAUCCAAUUGGGGGCUUGAUUUGGUGAUCUUCGUUGGAGUGCAUUUUUGUUAAUUGAUCUGAGAAUAGUGGUUGUCAUAGCUUGAUUCCAAUUUCGAUUGAACUGUUCAUUGGUUUUGAGAUGGAAUCAGAUUGAGGAAUUCCCUUCUGUAACUACAGUUUUGUGAUGAGGAAUAAUAAUGACGACUGGAAUUUGUUCCCCUGAAUUCGUUUCUUUUUCCUGAAUUCCGAUUUCUCAGUAGCAGAUAAUUAGUGAUAAUGCAAGAUUAAUUGGGUUACGGAAGAUGGUGAUUUUACAUAAAAUGGUCGAACAGUAGAAAUUAUCAUGAUAAUGAUGAACUCAAGUUGAAUUAAUUAAGAAUAAGAACUGUUUGGAUUAGUGGAUUCAUAAGCCUGGAGGGGAUUGGGCUUCUGGGCAGGUGGGCUGCUUGUUUUGGGCCCUCAAAACAAUCUUCCACUUGCCAGCGCUUGUACUUCGCCUUGCUUUGCGAAUCAUUACACUAAAAACUCUGUGGCCAAAAGCAGAGUUCUUCGCUCAAAUGGGGCUCCGCCGGAUCGUAUUUGCAGGUUGGUCUACGGCUGCUUUCUGCAAUUACCCUCUACGAAGUCCUCAGUUACCAUAUAGCGUUCGAUGUUGGUUGUUGUGGCUUGAAACUAACUAGGAUUUGCUCAAGUUGCAUUCUGUCUUAACUAGUUUCUUUGGGUGAAUCACUUACUGCUGUUUCAUUUCUCAUUUCAUUUCCUGGUUUGCCGCUGGACGUCUGUUAUUGAAUCACUUAUUACAGUAGUGGUGGACUGGUGGUAAUGUGAUGUGAGCCAAGGUGAAUGAAAAGCACACUGGACUCCUGCAGUCCAUAAAGUAUUCGCGGAUGCUUGUUUGGAUCAGACUUUGAAGGGUAAUAGACCCUUUACGUGUUUCACCAAGUAUGGAUGGGACAAUAUCUUAAACAGGCAAUGACCGGAAUAGAUGGGUUGCAUAUUGACAAGAAGCAGUUGACAAACCACUGGGAUAUCACAAAGGAGCAUUGGAAGAUCUGGUGCAAGUUAGCUACUACUAGAAUGAAGAAAUGGAACCUGUAACUGGGUCAUUUGGGGCAACUGAUGCAGAAUUGCAGAUUGGAGCAAGUAUUUGAGGGUAUGUUUAGUAUUACUGUUAGUGGUUGGUUGCUGUUUUGAGUUAGUGAGCAUUUCUCUAUUGAAUGUCUGUAAGAGCACCCUGAAGCUGGAAUAUUUUGGUUCAUAACGCUUCAGCAUUGGGACAAGCUCGAAAUCGUCUUUGAUUUUAUGAACCUGGAAGAUGGGAGUGAAAUUGUCUCUAUAAUGUUCUGAGGAUGUGAAAAUCAGCAACCUCUUUGAAGAUGCUUCUGGUAAUGGUUGGUAUUGGUUGUUACUAUAACGAUGGAAGAGAAACUGUAGCUAGUGAGCAGAGCAUGUCUGGCAGUAUCUCAGUUAGAUUAGGAAAGCCGCACUUCUCCUCGACUUUUUCAGAGGAAUCCUACGAAACUUCGAUUGAUCUGUGUUUGGAGCAAGUUCCAGUUGGUAAUAAACCUGGAUCUCAUUUGUCCAAAGAGGGAUGGAUAAACCUUAUUGAUUCAUUCUACACAAGAACUGGUGUCAUGUUAAACACGGUCCAGUUCAAAAACCAUUGGGAUUCUGUGAAUAAGCAGUGGAGGAUUUGGUCUAAGUUGGUUACCACUGGUUACAUGAAAUGGGAUCCAGUUGCCAAAAAAUUUGGAGCCACUGCAAGGGAAUUGAAUUACUACAUCCAUGUCUGUCAUUUGUAGCAUCAAUCACCUUGGCAUGCGUCCUUGGUUGAUAAUAAUAUCGUCAUUGCUUGCUCUCUGUUGUAGGAAUACCCAGAACUGCCCCGUUUCGGCUGAAGGGACUCCAGUUUGUUGACAAAUUAGACCUACUCGUUGAUGGAACAGCAGUUGUCGACAACUAUGGUGCUGAACCUCUUAUUCAGUGCAGAAGGCUCGACCAUGAUGAUCCAACUAGAAAAAGCUGGUGAAUCAAGGAGUUCACUGAUA